CCAACGAACGACAUGUCAAAUAACCAACCGAUGUCAUGAGCAGCAGGCCAGUCGAUGUGCUGAUAUUCAGUUUGUUUUUGUUUACUUUCUAAAAAAGCAAAAUAUUUCGAAGUAGUUUGCGAUUAGAAGCAUUUUCGGUUAGUUUUGCUCUACAAUCUGUUCCAAAAGUCAUUAUUGAAGACGUAAUUGAAGAUGGCCGAUAUAAUCAUUCAUUCCGUUCGCCAACAACAGGCCAGUCCUGGAACCGUAUACCACGCCCUUUAUGGACACUACUUUUUGGGUAUUUCCCAAAAGAAUUUGGCGAUCAUUUACGGAAAAAGCCUGUCCACUAUUUAUGGUUGGAUUCAAAAGUUUGAAAGCGAGGGACUUUACCGAAGGAAAAAACGAGCUCAGGUCUUCAAAAAGUUCCAGUCGGAAAUGCGACAAUGGUUGGUGGAGCUUUAUUGCAAGCAUCCUCUUUUAUUUUUGGACGAAGCCAAGGAGAUGUUCCAGGCACAUUUCCAGAUGACAAUAAGUACUUCAUCCGUCUGUACUAUUCUGCACGAGGCAGGCCUGUCGUGGAAAACCAUUGAGAGAAGAGCUAUUCAAAUUCGUAUGGAAGAAAUAGUGCGGUUUGUGAAUGAGCUCCUCGCCAUACCAUGGGAUAUUUUCAAUUUAGUUUUCCUCGAUGAGGUGAGUAUUGACAAUAGGGGCACGUUACGUCAGAAGGGAUAUGGUGUCGUAGGAAAAAAGUUAAUUUUCAGAGGAGAAUUUUGUCGCCGUGCUCGUUCAUCGUUCUUAUGUUUCCUUGGCGCUGAUGGAAUCCUGGAUAGUUUCUGGACUGAAGGCACUUUUAACAGGCUAAAGUUUUUCGAAUGCUGCCGAGAGUUUGCCUUGCGGAAUCCUAAGGUUCAAAGAUAUCCAGGAUUCCAUUCAGUAUGGAUCAUGGACGGUGCGAGGAUUCAUUGCGACGCUAAUCUCAUUCGCUAUCUUCGAUCCAUUGGGAUCAUACCCAUAUUCCUUCCGGCGUACUGCCCCUUUUUCAAUCCCAUCGAGGUGAUCUUUGUCCUCGUGAAAAAACGUCUUCAGAGAGUACACCGGGAAGGUGAACAAAUUCUGGCUGAAGUAUGUGAAGCUAUGAACUACUUCAAAGUUUAUCCUUGCCAGAAACUGUUUGAACACUGUGGAUACUUCCCUGGAGGAUUUUUCAGCCCUGAGAAAGGCUUAACGCAAGAUCCAAAUGAGGUCGAUUUGAAUAUUGUUCCCAAUUAAUAUAAGAGCAAGUUUUGAAACGUUUACUGUUAACAAUAAUGAACUAUCUGAAACAAAUAAAUAAAACUCAUGAAGACCGUGAAACUAUUGCAAAUAAAACUUAUUUUAUUUAUUCAAAACCGUAAAAUCAAAACAAGAAAAACACUUUAAGAGUGAUCAACAUCGGGACAAUCAGUUACUUUCUCCGCCAACACUUGGCUCACUUCGGACUCUUCUGGUCGGAUUGCUGAUUGCACUGCGGUGAUAAAAUCUCCAGCGGCUAAUCCUUUUGUUAUCAUUGCUUCGAGCUUGCGGGAAACGUUGUUAAGUAUUCCAAGUGCUGCUGAAAUUUCUUCCCUUAUUUCAGCCGCUUCUUUCACCCAACCAGCAUUCACAGUAUGAGCCACUGUGACACCCCGAUGUACUGACUGCAGGCGGGCUGCU